AUGAAAAUACAAUGGCCAUUUUGGGUGGGUUUGAUGGGUUUUUUGUGGCGAAAUUGAAAAAAAUAAAUAAAAGAAAAUAAUCUUGGAAGAAAAAGGGAAGAAAAAUGUAUAUAGUAUGAUGAUAAGAAGACAUUUUUUAUUUAUCAAACAUUUUUUGAAUUUUUUUGCAGAUUUCGAGUUUUUUGGUUAUCUCGUCAACAGUUUUACUAUUACACUCUUUUAUUACAAUUCAAGGAGCCGAUCAAAUAACAACGUCGAAAUUUAGUUUCAAAGGUAUACAUUUUGUAUUUGGGGAUUUUUGAAAUACUGUAGCUUUCGAGUUUCAGAUUUAAAUUUUUUAGAGUUGGGAAUAAAUUAAAAAAAAACAAAAUUUCAGAAAAUGUUUAAAUAAUUUUAAUCUCUGAUUUUGGAAAUGUUUAUUCAAAGCAUUCUAUUUUAUAAUACGGCUUUCCAUUUUUCCAACAAAAAACUAACUAAAUUUUUUUCUAGUAUAAAAAUAUUUAAUAUUUUCCUGUGUUCAACCUGAUCUAAUUUUGAAAGUAUCUAAUUCGUUUUUUUUUGCAGAUGAUCUUCCAAAUGAUACACCUCGACUAGUAUUUGUUGUAAUUGAUGCAUUUCGAUUAACAUUUCUAACAGACACUGAUUCUCCAAUGUGGUUUUUCCGUGAUUCAAUUUUCAAUGGAAAUGCAAUGGCUUUUGAUGGUUAUGCUCGAAUGCCUACAGUAACCAUGCCACGUAUUAUAUCAUUUAUCACUGGAACUUUACCAUCAUUCGGAACACUUAUCACAAAUGUUGCAACAACUGAAAUAACAACCGAUAAUUGGGUGACACGUUUGAAAAAUAAUGGUAAAAAUGUGCAUUUUUAUGGGGAUGACACGUGGAUUCGAUUGUUGCCCACUGAAUUUUCAAAAUUUGAUGCAACAACUUCGUUUUUUGUCAAUGAUUAUACAGAAGUUGAUAAUAAUGUGACACGGCAUUUGGAUUCGGAAUUGAAAUCUGGUGAAUGGGAUGCAAUGAUUUUACAUUAUCUUGGAUUAGAUCAUAUUGGACAUUCAUUAGGCGGAAGAUCACCAAAACUUCGAGGAAAAUUGAAAGAAAUGGAUGGAAUAUUGAAAAGAAUUGUUGAAGAACUUGAAAAGGUUCGUCCGAAAAUUACUUUUAAUUUUCAAAUUUUUGGUCACUUUUUCUUGUUUCAAAAAAAAACCCCCGUUUGUUUUUCAGACAAAAAUUCCUACAUAUGUGAUAGUUGGUGGUGAUCAUGGAAUGACUGCUGGUGGAUCACACGGUGGUGCUUCUCCUGAUGAAUCUCGAGUUCCAAUUGUUAUCUGGCCAAUUAAUCAAAAAUUUGCAAAAGUUCCAAUCGACAGUUUUGACAAUUUGGAAAAAGUAGAACAACCUGAUGUGUCAGCAACGAUUUUUUCGAUAUUUGGAAUGCAAUCACCAACCGAUUCACAUGGUUUUAGCCUAACUGUUGGAAAUUUGGAAAAUGAAUCACAUUUGAUCACAAUGCGACAAUAUUAUCAUUUUUAUGAAUUAGCAAAAUCUCAUGGAAUCGAUAAUUUAUUUACAUUGAGUUGUACAGAAGAUUCGCCUUGUGAUUUUUCGAAACCUUUUGUUCAAAAAUUGAUCAAAGAUGAAUGUAGAAGAAUUCAAAGAAAAUUAAUGGAAUCAUCUGCAUCGAUUCCAAGUUUACAAUUAGCGAUUUUUGGAAGUGUUAUCAUUUUGGUAAGUGACUAACUUUUAUUUUUCUAAAUUCUAAAUAAUAAAACAAAUAUAUUCAGGCAGCAAUAAUUUCAAAACUAAAUUGGGAAUAUGAAAGUCUAUUGGAUGUAUCUGUUUUCAUUUUGAAUAUUGGUUGUUUUGCCAGCUCAUUUAUCGAAGAAGAACACGAGAUUUGGUUAGUUUUGAACAGUUGAUACCUGAAUAUCUUGAAUAGCACCAAUUGAAAAAUGACGCUUGAUUUUUGAAAAAUGUCCAAAAAUAUAGGAUAAUUGACAAAAUAAAAAUAGAAGAGCAAAUUUGUCGCAUAAAAUGUUGUCGAUUAUAAAAUUGGCGAUUAUUGCGUCUUCAUCAUUGAUGAUUUUGAUGUAAAUUCCAGAUAAAAAACGAAUCUGAUUUUGGAAAAAAAGUAUUUGUAGAAAAUUACAUCAUGAGUUUAGGGCUGGUUGGAAUAGAUGUUUUGUUUUCGGAAUCGCGAAUUAUUUUUUCCUACCAAUCAACUUACAAUUGAAAAACCUAAUAAUGGAAAAUGUUGAUGAAUAACUCCUGUUUCGAAAGUUUUUGUAAAUGCAGAUAUAUUCAUUUUCGAAUUUAGCGAAUAAUAAUUCACAACGUGGAAACUUAAUGCACUUAAUGAUAACAAGAAUUCAACCCAAAACAUGAGAAAAUCAUAAUCAUAAAACUUAAAAGGUUCCUCUUCUUUUUCGAAAUCAGUAUUGACCGAAUUAUUUGCUCUGAUACAUAUUUUAUGCCCUCUUACAACUGACAAAUAUCCACAACCUUUUGGAUUACAAUUACUAUGAGUUAGAAUCAUGUAAAUUAUACUGUUUAUGUAAAAAGCAAGCAUGAGAAAAUAUAUGAAAAUAUCCCCGCAGAACAUUUUGAGCUUUGUAAUGUCGUGAAUUAAAAUGAGACGUUGGAAUGAAAUUAGGAAAAGAAUAAAAAGAAGAAUUGAGGUUGAAUUGAAUGAGGUAGAAAUUACACCGAUCAUAAGAACUAUUCUGAAAUAAUUUUGGCCCUUUUUUUGAAUUUCUGCAAUCCUGACUCUGACUUAUACUUCUAAACAUAUAUACUUACAUGGAAAUAACAUUAGCGUAUUGAGUUAUUAUGAUAAUUGUAUCAAUAAACCUGAUAAUUUGAAUAUAGCUUAUUAUAUUGAAAAGUUGUUGUGUUAAUGGAUAUAUAAGAGUGAUUUUCUCAUAUUUCGCAGUCAUUUUGAAAAUAACAAGAAAAAUUAAAUAAAUUAUAAUCGAAAAAAUUAGAAAAACGAUGUAAAACAACAUUUGGGAAAAAUAUGAAAAUGAUAAUUGUGAGGUGACAAAAAGAGAAAAUUUUGAGACAAAAUGUCGAGAGAGAAAAUAAUAAUAGGGUUUUUCCAGGUAUUAUGUGACGAGUUCAUUGAUUGUUGUUCAUUUUUUGAAGAAUUUUCGAAGUGUUGAGAUUGACAAACAGGUGAGAAUUGGAACGAGGGGGGAGAUUUUCGAGAUUUGAAAUUCAUUAGGGAAAUAAACUUAACUAUUUUAUAAUUAUUUCAAACAUUUCGAGUUUUUGAAAUACUUGAAACAGUGAAAUUACAAAAUCUUAAAUUUUGAAACAUAAAAAAUAUAUAAGAUAAAAUAUGAAAACGUGGUUUGGGACCUUCAACCUAAAACCCAAUUAAAUUUUUUUCAGAAAACCAUAUUUGGCUCAAUUUUGCUCCUUCUUUUACUUCAACGAUUCUGUAUAAAUUGGACAUCUGGAAUGAGAAGAAGAUGGGCUAUGGAUCAAUCACUUUUGCCACCUCCAAUGUUUAAUGAAAUGAUUGCCAAUUUCAAUAUACCAGAUGCAAAUACAUUCUUCAGGUUAGACCCAUUCUUUCUAUCGUAUUCUUUAUUCACAUUUUUUAUAGAAACUCGCCAUUUAUCAGUUUGGCUGUUUCAACAAUAAUUUGGUUAUUUGUUUGUGUUUCACUUGAAUCAUCUCCAAAACUUUCUGGAUUUAUGAUUCUUUUUCCACUUUUUUCACAUCUUCUUCGAUUAUUUGGAUAUGUUAAUUUUGAUUCGGGUUAUCUACUUGCUUGUCGUAUUCUACUUAUCCCAUUUUAUUUGCUCACUGGAAAACACACAAUUUGUGUCCUUUGUUUGGUUCUAAUCGUCAUUCCAACUAAUCAACUUUUGCUUUUUAUUUCGAUUUUUUUGAUGGGUCGAUUAGCAGCUGAUGUGAAAUUGGAAAAAACAGCGACGGGUUCAAUGAUUAUGUCAACUUUUUAUUUUUCGGGUAAUUCGAAUUCAUUCGCCACAAUUAUGCUACAAUCUGGAUAUGUUGGACUACUUGAUUAUUAUCCGAUUUUGGUUGGAAUUCAAUUGUUUUUAUACACUUAUGCGGGUCCCAUUAUUUUUGUGAUUGGAUUGUGAGUUUUAUCAGAGAGGGAGAAUUGCGGGGACAAAUUAUUUUGAAAAAUUGAAAUUUACAACAAAUGAAACAGUACACGUGAAUUUUUCCGUUUUUUUCAUUUCAAAAAAAAUUUACAUACAGUAAUCCAAUUUAUUUUUCCAGUUAUUCAUCUCGUCGAAAAAUAAUUCCACAAUUGCUUUCCUAUUUUCUAACAGUUCGAAUAAUCAAUCUAUUUUUCUCAAUUUUAUGUUUAUACAUUUUUCAAAAUCAUUUAUUUGUCUGGAGUGUUUAUUCGCCAAAAGUCAUGUAUGAUCUUUCGCAUUGUAUUGUGGUUGUGAUAGCCGGAAUUUUACUUGUAUAA